AUGACUGGUUUCUCCAAACUCCAGCCGGUGCAAAAGUUUCUAGCUGCGAUCCACCGGGGGAGGAAGGGUGCCAAGGACCGACGCGACCUCCCCGGCUCGUCGUCCUCUCUAGGCCUCAACCAUGUCGACCCUCCUAUCCCUUCCCCAUGGGGCCUGCCAGUCGAAAUACAAAUCCAGAUCUUCGGUUACUGCGGGACCGCCGAUUAUCACCCGUUGAGACUGGUCUGCAGGGCCUUCAAUGAGCUCCUAACCCGACAUGAACACGAGAUCGUGCGACAGUACCUCCGCCAGCGUCGACAUGGCACGCUACCGUCCCCCAUCGACAGCGAGAGAACCUAUACCCGCAACCCGGAGGAUGAUGUCGUGCUGCUGUCGGACCUUUUCCCGCCGUCAACAAGCGCCAGGGGAGGCCAUCUCUACACAUUCCGGUAUCUCUAUGGCCUGCGGCAGAGACAAAAGCAAUCGUCGCGGCUCUGCUACUACCUCGCAGACCGCAUCAUGGACCAAUUUCUGCAGACCGAGCCUAUUUUCCUGAGAACUACGUUCCCCACGAAGAAAGCGGAACGAACCGCGCUGACCAAACGAGGCAAAGCUAGCAUCUGGUUCCAUCUAGCACCAAUAAUGUACUACCUCCUGUACUACCUCGAGUCGUACAUGUCUGCUCGACGAGAGCAUACAAACAUGCUUCUCCGCGAAUAUGAAGCCGGUCGCUUGACAGUCCCCGUCCCUCCCCACAGGCGCCGGCAGAUGUACCAUGAAAUCCAGACCCGAAUCCUCAAGAAACCUCCCUUCACCAACACCACGGCCUUACUUGCUACCCACCACUGCAUGUUGUUACUGGUCAGUUACAUCCGCCAUACAAUGUCCUCGGAAACGGCGAUCGAUGAUUCCUGGAUCAGCUCCCUUCUCACGAUAGCACCAUUUGGGCGCAUUGUCGAGUUCUUCUCUGCCGAGAUCGGAGAUGGGGGCAACCAGCGAAUGCAGCGGAAGGACUUCAUGUACAACUUUCACCACGACAUGACGGCGCACCGAAAAGACCAUAUGAACUCGGUUAUUUUCGGUGAGUCGUCAGACCAGAACAUACAUACAUCUGUGCGGGAUCUCUGGUUUUGGGCGGCUCAGGCGGAGUUGGAAGAGAGGCAGGCAAUUCCUCACGAGAUAGAGGUUGCCUGGACAUGGAAUUCCGUCCCCAUCUUGAUCGGGUGCGCGGACUGCCAAAGGCCAGAAAUCCCGGGAUGGUCAGCAUGA